GGACUUGUCAAGUCCCACCCACCAGCUGGGAGGGAGGCAGUCUGAGCUCCGCACAAGACCAGCCCUAUCCACUGUGUCACGGCGUGGAGGAGACAGCAGCGAGCAGACCAACAGAGGCUGCUGGGAGGAGUGAGAAGAGACAGGCAAGAAGAAACCGGGGGACGACUACACACAGGCGCGCACGCACACUCACGCACACACACAUACACACGCAGAGGGAAGGAGAGGAAGAGCCUCGGUGUGCACGUUUAUUUUCGGGAAUUGUGCUUUGUGCUUUUUUCCACUCCUCGUUCCUUUCCUUGACUGGAGUUUCCGCUGUUGUUCUUUUUUUUCCUUAAAUCUCAGUCACGGCUGUGAUUCUUUUUUUCUUUCUUGCCCUAACGGUCCUGCCGUAAACUACUACAGUGCAGUUUGGAUUGCUCUGGCGUUUCUGCUCUCAGAGUGCAUCUGUCAGCGUGCCUGCAGGGAUAUCAUCCGGCGUGUGACAACGGGACACAGGCACAGUACGGCUGGGGGCAGACUACGGGCGAGUGAGUGAAGGAGCGAACGAGAGAGCGCGAGAGAGAGAGAGAGAGAGAGAGAGAGAGAGGGAGCAAGAGAAAUUGAAGCUGGGGGAGCGAGGAAGCAAGAGAGCCGGCUUUUUGGAGAAGUGAACAUUACGACCCCCCCCCCUCCUCCUCCUCCUCCUCCUCCUUCUUUCCCUCCCUCUCCCUCCUCCUCCCUCUCUUUCUCUCCUUCCCCGCCGCACGGAGGGACCCGGGACCACCGCGGCCGCUGCUCACUGCACGCUCCUCGUCCUCCUCUCCCUCAUCCUCACCUGCUCCCCUUGGCUCGUCCUGAGAGGAGGGGGGGUGGGCGGCCUGCCCGCCUGGGUCGUUUCGGGCACCAGCCGGAGGUCGCAGGGCUGUCAAACUCCAGCACGCGAGGCGACGGGGCGACUCACCCAGGAACUCCCGCAGCAGGCUGUCACCGGACGGGCGCUUUCCCUCUCUCCCUGUCCCCCUCUCGGAGACGGAUCCUACGCCUUGCCGAGGACCGAGGAGGGUCCCGAGCGCACAGACGAGCUGCCAGCGAGUUCCCUGCCACGGCCGCACCGAUUCCAGCUACAUGGGCAAACGAUUGGAACAGCAGCCAAUGUACCCCCAGUACACCUACUACUACCCUCACUAUCUCCAGACCAAGCAGUCCUAUGCUCCACCCCCUCAUCCCAUGGCUCCUCCCAGCCCCAGCACAAACAGCUGCAGCCAGAGCGGAGCUGAGCAGCUCAGUAAAACCAACCUGUACAUCCGUGGCCUUCCUCCGGGAACAACCGACCAGGACCUCAUCAAGCUCUGCCAGCCAUAUGGAAAAAUAGUGUCGACAAAGGCGAUCCUGGACAAAAACACCAACCAGUGUAAAGGUUAUGGCUUUGUGGAUUUCGACAGCCCGGCGGCAGCACAGAAGGCGGUGUCGUCCCUCAAGGCCAGCGGAGUGCAGGCCCAGAUGGCAAAGCAACAAGAACAGGACCCCACGAACCUGUACAUCUCCAACCUGCCGGUGUCCAUGGAUGAGCAGGAGCUAGAGAACAUGCUGAAACCUUUCGGCCACGUCAUCUCCACGCGGAUACUGCGGGACGCCAACGGGGUCAGCCGGGGGGUGGGCUUCGCCAGAAUGGAGUCCACUGAAAAAUGUGAGGUGGUGAUACAGCACUUCAAUGGGAAAUAUCUGAAAACUCCUCCAGGCAUUCCGGCCCCCACCGAGCCCCUGCUGUGUAAAUUUGCCGACGGAGGGCAGAAGAAGCGACAGAGCCAGAGCAAAUACCCGCAGAACGGACGGCCGUGGCACAGGGAAGGGGAGACUGGUAUGGCGUUGACCUUUGAUCCUGCCAUGCAGAAUGGGUUCUACUCCUCGCCGUACAGCAUCGCCACGAACCGUAUGAUCGCACAGACAUCCAUCACUCCCUUCAUCGCUGCCUCUCCUGUCUCCACAUAUCAGGUCCAAAGCACGUCGUGGAUGCCUCACCAACAGUAUGUUAUGCAACCAACAGGUGCUGUGAUCACGCCAGCCAUGGACCACACCAUGUCCAUGCAGCCAGCAGGCAUGAUGGGGCCCCUCACCCAGCAGAUGAACCACCUGUCCCUGGGUUCAACAGGAAGCUACAUGACCGCCGCCGCGGCUGCUGCUGCACCUAUGCAAGGGACCUACAUUCCCCAGUACACUCCCGUGCCUCCCACCGCCGUCCCCGUGGAAGGAGUGGUCACUGAUGCCUCACCCCAGACAGUCACCACCACAUCACAGGAGACCAGUGGGCAGCAACAGCAGAUACAGGUGGAGACCGCCAACGACCACGUUCCUGCCUACUCGUACCAGUCCAAAUAACAUCGGGACAACAGAAUGUUCCAGCAACAGCGUUGCCUUGAGACAGGGGGAGUGCACUGAGACUGUUUCCAGAUCUCCCAGUCACCAAAAGAGAACAUUUUCUAUUUUUCACCAGGCCCAGGUCACAAGGGGAAGGUUUCCUGGGCAUGGUGCAGAAAGAGAGGUUUCAUCUGGUAGGCUUUGGGACACUUGGGAUGAACUGGCCUUGAACUGUUUCACUGAGGAAUUUCUCAAAAAAAAAAAAAAAAAGUAAAAAAAGAAAAAAAAAUUGAGUGGUCAGGUGGGUGAUAAGAUCUUUUUUUAAGUGGGAGGGUAAGCAAGUCUGAGAAACAGGCUCUCUUACUCAGAUAUUAAGCUAUUCUAUAUCUUUUCAUGAUUUUUUUAUUAUAAUUUGUGUCAAAAUUGAUUUUUUCUUGAGAACUUCAGCAAGGUUUUUUCUUGAAUCUUUGUUGCCUUAAUUUUAAGGAUGUUGGGGACUAUCGCAAAGUGUUGAGUGCAGCGCCUUGUUUAAAAAAAAAAAAAGAAUGGAUGAAUAAGACUCUUGGACCAACUGAAUAGUAAAAGAAGCUACCAGAGAUGAGCUAGAGAGAGAGAGAAAUAAUACAUAAGCUGUACAGAUUUAAUAGAGAUGAUUUUUUUUUCCUUUAUCUAAAGAACACUUGUUAAUAAUUGUCAGUCUUAUCAGUCAGUUGCAGUGAAGAAUGAGGAGACAAUGAGUCAAUUUAAGAGAGCAGGCAAAUAGGACAUUUGAGAAGUUUUUCACUAUGAGGAAAAAAAUGCUGCAUUGCAGUAAAUGCAGUUUGUUGCAAAAUGCUGAACAUGUUUUUUUUUUGUUGAUUUGUUUUUGUGUUGUUUUUUUUUUUACAAUUCAUUUACAUGGCGGAAUUCCUGUUGAUGGCAUUAGUGCUUUUUAUCUGCAAACUUUUUUAUAAGCUUUAAGAUGUUUUUAGCCUGCUUUGCUUGUCACACUGCAAAAAAAAAAAUGAAAAAUGAAAAAAGAAAAAAUAGUGAUAAACUGGCAAUGAUAAACUACAUAGAUACAGUAGGAGCUUACGGUUUGAACCAAUCAGCGCAAAAGCAAUAGAAGAAAUUGUUGACAAUUUCUGUAGUCUUUCCUAGUUGUGGAUUUAAUGCAGCCAAGAGAUGGCCGUUUUUAUACCAAAGAUGAAGAGAAACUCUGAGAAAGAGUUUUUUUUAUGUUUGAUCUUGUUGUCGGUGUUGUUGCUGUUGUUGUUGCUGACCUUGUUCUUGUUGUUGUUGUCACUGUUGUUGUUUUUAUUUUUUUGACCAAAAUGGCCGGACCAGUACUUCCUGUUGUCUCUUGGUUUAAACUACCUUCCAUGAUGCUGUGUCAGUUGCACAACUGACACGCCUGAACGAAGCAAUUGGAUUCUGCGAGUGGCUGCCGGCGUCGUCGCUUCCGGUCACGUGAGAGACGAUCUGUCCGUCGUGCGAACCUAACAUUCUUCGCUGCGCAAAAGGGGGCGGAGCCCAGUUAGUACUCCAGGAAGAAAACGCCGGGGAAACACCCGCUGAGAAAAGGAAGAGGAAAUGUCACCGACGUGUUGCUGUUCGGCCUUGUCGGUUGAGUGAUUUCUAUCCUGUGCUUGUCUCUUUCAGAGAUAGCUAUGACCGAUGACCUGUCCUGUAUGCUCUGAGUCUCAAGGCUGUGUUGGGAAUCUUCCUGUGCUUUUGGUUUGCUUUUAUCAUCCAUCAAAUAGACAGGCUAGUCCAGAAAAAAAGAAAAUUCUCCAUCUUUACAUCUCUGUGUAUUUAAACUGUAUGUCCAGCUACCUCAGUCUUUGGUAUUCUACACGUUGGGGGGGAGUACACGUUAAUAUGAGACUGAAAUGUACCAUAUGUUAGCUGUGUUGGAAUUGUCGGUUUCUCAGCCCAGGGCCUCACUCCCGGCUCUGAGUGAGUGUUGACUAUAGACCCCCAGAAGCCAAGCGUUAGAUAGCUUUCUGGGGGGGAAGUUUGUCCAUCAUUUACAAACUCUUGUGCCCCUUGUAAAAAUCUCAUGCAAGAUUUCAUAGCGAAUUGACCUGUCCAAAUAGACUUUUCUAUUAAGUUAGUGUCGGUGACAGAAACAAACGAAAACAUUGCAUACACUGUUGUUCUUCAGUUCUGCCUGGGUGCAAUAGCAGUGGGUGCAGAACAAAAUACAGCAAAUGGUGUAAACAAUAUCCCCAACACACACACACACACACACACACACCUUCACCUCCCAACCCCCGGUAAUUGCAGAUAACUUUAUUCCUGAAGAUCGUCCCGGCUGAAAAGUCCGCGGAGCGUAGAGCUCGCUGCCCUCAUUAGAGGCGCCGCGUCUGGCAUGGCCCGUGGGUCUGGCCCUUCCGCGGCGUCGGCGGUUAGCGCCGUCUCUCUCUCCGACCUCCGGAGCGGGGCUGAUGGGCCCGGCUUAUUGUCGCGGUUUUCGAGGCUGCCGAGGCGGAACCGAACCAAAUUUAGUCAUGAGCUCAAUGGGCCUCGAAGUCCCAAUUUGUCUCCCUCGCAGCUUUAGGAUGCCAAGCGCCCCGGCUCCUCUCUUCAAUAACGGACGCGAUUGUGUUUGCACAGUCGGCGUGGCUCCUGGCCGGGCACACGGGACUUAAGAAACACAGUGUGGUGUGAGUGAAGAAUGAAAAAAUAUCAUAGGACAGCUCCAGAUUUGAAACGAACAGCAUGCGUACAACAAAAAUGUUUAUAACAAUCAAAUUCUUUGUUGAGUGCCUUGUUAUUUAGCUUCCAACGAUUCCAGUUCCCCUAAGGUGCAAAAGCACAUCUAAGAGAGGCCAUGGUUAUUGCACUGGGUUGUGCUUUGAUGCUUCAGAUUAACAGCUAUAACUGCAGUGCUGAAAAGGACUUCAUUCACAAUGACUGGAUACUUCCAGUUAAGUGAAAGGAGAGUGGUGAACCAUAGUGAAUUAGUGUGUGCCCAGAAUUCAGCUAUAGGUGUGGUUUUCAGGUUAAUUCACAAAAACUCAUGUAGGCAAUAAAACUCAUUGAAAGACACAUCAGAGGUUCAUUUAUAAUAUAGAGUUCAAAAAAUAACAUUGAAUACAUACCCCUACAUUCUCAAAAUAAAACUGAAAUGAGGAUAAUUUAAAACAAGUAUGAUUUGAAAUAGGAUUUGCUUUAAAAUUUGUUUCAGAAACUAUUUAAUGUUCAAUCUUUUGGCAGUGAUAUUGUGCCAUGCAACACUAUGCAUGCAAUACAUUUGUUCAUUCACUUUUGACUCUCAUUACAAAACCCUAAUUCUGGGCCAAAGCUGUUAAAGUCAACAGAUUUUUCAUGAUAACAACAGUGUGUUGGAUAUUUGGUACAACAUGCUAAAUCUCUAUUGUCCUUUACAGCUUAAAUACACAUGGGGGAAUUCCUUUUUGCAAGGACUGUUUUGUUUUCUAAUUUCCUUCUUUUUCCAUGUUUUUGAUUCUUUUCUGUUAUUUGUCUUUUUUUGUAAACAUCUUAUAAAUGGUGUUGGGAUGCAGUGAGGCACAUUCUAAUUCUUGGUAGGAAAAUGCGAGCGCCAGCCAGAGUUCUCAGGAGUUCUGCUCCCUGUACGUCUGUAAGAUGUUCCAUUGUCCAAUUAAAAAGAAAGACCAAAACACUCCUCACAGUCAGACUGGAGAGUGAGCUCACCAGACAUUGUGAGCUUUGGUUGGAUAGCGGGUGAGCAGCUAACCAAUAUCAAUUGUGAAGUGUCUGCUACAGCACAUGUUCACUAGGAAGAAAGAUUUGUUUUCCAUAUACAGCUAAUAACCGUGAUGAAAACUGUCAAAGGAGACAGACUUUAUGAAUGUCCUCCAGGCUGAAAGGGAAAAGGACUCCAGAAGUAUCCACAGGAUCCACAAUAGGACACUUGCAUCAUUUGUAGCAAAAGGCAAUGAGUACUUUGGUGCAUACUGUUAUUUUCCCAACAUGCAUUGCUCUGUAAGGAUGUCAGCCAGCUCUGACUUUAUUCAAAGACACAGAUCAUGUGGUCAGGUCUUAGAGCCCUUUCACAUAUGCCUACCGAAUUGGAACACUUGUUAUUUUGCUCUCAGAAUGCAGAGACCAUGGCCAAUAUAAAACCUGAGGCCAAUCAGGGCCCUCUCCCAGAGAGGUGGAUUUGAAAAGGAAAUUUAACAAAUGUAUUCUGGGCAGGAAGCACUAUAGUCCACACGCCUGGCGGUAGGUGGCUAGUUACAUGAGUUUUCCUCUAAUAAAUAAUCCAUUGAAAAAGA